CAGGACACCCUAGACGCUUAGCGGUUAAUAAAAUUUUGUGUUCCGAGAACUCGAAGGAUAUUAAUUGGUGAUAAUUAAGAAACAUUUGUUAGAAUUAUAAAUCUAUUAAUAAUGGUUGCCCAUACAAUACUCCUUGACUUUACUGUUUGUGCUAAUGUCAUAGCAGACUUGGAAAAACGUUCUAAUUUAAAAUCUGCUAUUGCUAACGUUCUUGGUGAACACUUUAUCGGUUUGAAACCAUUAACAGAAUCAAACAUCGAUGGGAGCUUAUUGAUUUUGUAUACCGGCCCAAGAGGUAGUUUAAUCACUGUAAGAGGAUAUAAAGAAGGCCUAAUUACGUUAAACAUUGAAUAUUUCAAACAGGAUGAUGAAGAUGCAUUGUUAACAUUCGAGCAGUGGCGAUACUUGGAAGCAGACGUUGCCAUGGCUUUGAACAGCCAACGCAGCAAAUGUUUACCACCUGUAAGACGAGGAACCGUAUAUGACCUCUAUCUGACACUAUCAGAUGAGAGAUUGCUCGAAUAUGACAUUGAUAAGCUGGUGUUUGAGGCACGAUCGCCUUAUCAAAAGGUACAAAUUGUCCAUUCCAAAUCUCUUGGUAAUCUUCUGGUUCUUGACGAGUUACAAAAUAUGUCAGAAGCGGAUCUUAUAUAUACAGAAACGUUGAUGCAACGUGGCAAGGAAAAUUAUGCUGGGAAAGAAAUAGUUAUACUUGGUGGUGGAGAUGGAGGUUUACUCUGGGAAUUACUAAAGGAAAAACCAAAAUUUAUAACAAUGCUUGAGAUCGAUGACGUUGUUAUGAAAGCUUGUAGCCAACACAUGAGAAGUAUAUGUGGAGAUUGUUUAGAUAAAAGGAAGGAUGAUAAUUAUGAGAUAAUAGUCGGUGAUUGCGUAAAGGCACUUGCGCAUAUGAUAGAAGAGGGUCGUCAAUUCGAUUAUGUUUUUGGCGAUUUAACUGAUAUUCCAAUCAGUACCACUCCACAUGGUGAUGCAUGGGAUUUUAUAAGAUUAAUUCUAAAUUCUUCGGUAAAAGUACUUAAACCAACAGGAAAAUAUAUGACCCAUGGAAAUGGUGCUUCCUGUCCAGAAUCUCUAAAAAUGUACGAGGAAGUAUUAUCAAAACUCUGUAUACCUGUCACCUUCACAAAAGAUCGUGCUUUUGUACCGUCUUUCUUCGAAGAUUGGAUUUUCUAUCAAGUGUCGCUUAAAUGAUGGAUUAAAAACAGAUACGAUCAUUUCUUUGAAAGACCAAGCAAAUUUUCUUACGAUCUAUUACUUCCGUUAUGACCCAAGUUGAGCCUUAGUUAUAGAAACUUAAACAAAUAAUCAGUUCCUCUCUAAAAGAUAAUUUAACUUCUUAUUCAAAUCAAAACAAUACAUAUAGAUUUGUACCAACAAGUGCAAAUAUUAUUAUAUGUUACAUUCUAUAUGUACAUACGCAUGCGUACGUGUGGUUACUCUAAUUCUGAUAUUAUAAGUCAAACACUAUAUAUAUAUAUAUAUAUAUAUCUUCAUGCUUAAUUAAUCAUUACUAGUAAAAUGUUGAAAUACGUGCUAAUUUAUUUUUUGAAUGUACAGUAUAUAUUGUGCUUACAAUUAAUUAUAAUUUUAUUGAUAUAUUCAGAGAAAAAUUUUUAUAAAUUCAGUUAUUAAAAUACACAUGAACGACCAAAUUAUGUGUACAAUAUACAUAAGAGUGUGUGAAAAAAGAAAACGAAAAAUAGGGUUUAAUAAACUAAUGAUUUCGCUUCGUUUUUAAGUUAAGAAAAAGUCACAAAAAUUAUUUGAAUUUAUAAAUGUUAUUUAAAAAAGAAAAUAAUAGAUAUAAGUAAUUAUCAAGUUCUUUAUUAACGUAAUGUAAAAUAUUUUCAAUGUAUCAUAUUCAAAUAUUACUAAGGAAUUGAACAGAGCAUUUACCAUAAGAUUUGUAACAACUUAUGGGUAAUAUUUUCAGUACACAUCUUUUACAACCGAUAAUUAUUUGAUCGUCUAUGAAUAUUAUGAAUAUUUCUAUAAUAUGAUAUUAAUUAAUUUACACAAUUUGUAUGUGAAAAAUUACGAGGACAAGAAACAAAUUACACAAAAAAAAUAAAAAAGAAAAAGAAUACUUGAAAGAUUAUUUUUUAUAGUACAUUUUCUUGCUUUGAUAAUGAUAAUUAGAAGAGAAUACAUAACAACAGCACAAUAUGGAAUAAAAUUACCAUUUAUAUUCGCUUAUAUAACACCAGUACAAAAAAGACUAUUAUAUAAAUAUUCGAUUACGUAAAAUAGGCAUUCAGUUUUGUCAAACUGAUAAUAAAUAAAGGGUAUAAUUGUAUAUGAACUUAUGUCUUAUUAGAAUAUAUUCGGCACUUCCAAAAGAAA